UGACAUUAAUGAUACAACUAAUUUUGGCAUAUGCCUUCAUUUCAACACGAUUUCGGAUCAUGUAUUUUAUUUUUUACUUAGUUCUUAGCAGUUUUCUAUUACGAAACACUCUUUCGACUCAAAAAAAUAACACAGACGAUAAUAAAAAUGGACUGUACGAUUAUUGCAGCCAUCCGGAUUGCUCUCUGAAGAACCAGCACACAAUGUGCAUAACUGCCAAUAAACAAAGUCCUAGGUUAUAUGCGUCAGGCAUGACAACGUGGAUGAGAUACCAAAUGUUGCUUCUUCAUAACCGGCAUAGAGAUAACAUAGCGAUGGGUUUAGAAGCGGGGCAACCUCCUGCUACUAAUAUGCGUAAGAUGUAUUGGGAUUACGAACUCGAAGAAAUGGCACAGGUUUGGGCUCGACAGUGUCAAAAACGUCACGAUGAAUGUCGUAACACAAUUAGAUUUAACGUUCUUCAAAACAUGGAUGUGCGUCCGGUCUUACCGAGAGUUACUGAAGCGCAAUUGUUAACAGAUGCCGUGGAUGCAUGGUUCUCAGGAUCUAGAGUUCUAGCACCAGAUCAUGUGUGGUCAUUUAAACAGACCAAUUGCAGUGCUCCGGGAGGAUGUAACGCUCAUUGGUAUUCAGCAGCUGCUUGGGCAUCCACUUGGCGCUUAGGGUGUUCUCAAGCUUUGUGCACUACAAAAAAGCCAUCCUGCGUACUUUUUCGUAAGAGAAGAAGAAUAAAUAACCUGGAAUCGCGCGAUGAAGAUCAGAACCUUACUGUCACUAGAACAACAAGCAAGGAGAAUAUAUUAAGACGUACAAAGUAUAUGACAACUUCCAAUUAUCCAUUUCUUGAAGAUUUUGUUGCUACCAAGAAAACAAAAGUCAAAGAGUCACCAUUGCAUCGUGGCGUUUACGAGAGUGCUAGUAACUAUAAAAAAAGAAAGGAACCUAAGAUUAUAGCAUUCACAUUUUGCAAUUAUGGACCGGCUGGGAAUGUAGACGGAUUUCCUAUUUAUGAGGCUGGUGCCACGUGCACUAAUUGUCCACAGGGUACUCAAUGUGGGGAUCGGACUCAUCGUGCUUUAUGUUCUGUCCUCGGCGAUCCGGAUAGUCAGUAAUGACAAAGUUGAAAGAAAAUAGUUAAUAAUUUGUUUCUGCACUUUUAAAGUGAUUUUUAAAUACUCUAAUUACUAUUUUUUAAUGACUUGUG